AUGUCAUUGAGUUACAAGAAACCCAGAAACGACAGCCGGUCUACCAGUCCACAAGUGGCACAGGCUGAGUUGCCUGCUACUCCAACUGGCUCCAAUUCACCAGUGAUUAAGAAUGAUUCCACCAGGAAAGUUUCAUCUCGAAGAAAAGCCCUUCAAGAAUUUUAUCAUCUUCAAAAACAACAGAAUCAAGAAGUUCCAACCAUAGAGGUUCAGAGUGAAGCCCCACAAACCACCGAUAGAAAACAAUCAAUAACCAAUGGUAUAGAUUUCGAUGACGCUGAAAGUUUCAAGGCGUAUGUCAAAAAUACACCCAUUGAAGAUAUUCUUAAACUUCGAAAUACUAUUACUGGAGACUUGAAUUCCCAUGAUCUGGAGAAGAAAGCUAUAAUUUAUGACAACUAUUACGAACUUAUCAAACUUAAUGACACAUUGAAGAAUAUUUCCAACCCCAAGCCGACAAACAUUAUGGAUACCCUGGAGAAACUUGAUCAUAACGCCAUAUUAACUACUUUGAAAGAGCUAGAGACAUUUGUCGACGACAAUAAAGUGUUUAACAAUCCUUUCCCAAAGGUUUUGGAUGAAUUGCAAAAAGACUAUGAUGGUGCUGAUAUGGCAUCAACAGCCAGCGUGGAUGGGAUAAUUGAAUCCGAUAAUAUUGCAGAUUCCAUAGAUAGAACACAAUUAAUCAAAGAAGUGAAUUUACUUCUUUCGGGCCCCAUCCAGAGUAACGAUAAAGUCUCCCAGAAAAUAGAGUCAAUGAUCAAGAGUCUCAAACCAUCAGAUGAGUUACUUAUCAACCAAUUAAAGUCUAUACAAGCUAGUUUAUAA